AUGGGUCCUCGCUACCAGGACAUUGCUGUGAUCGGGGGAGGCCCUUCGGGAAUCUCAGCUACCAAAGCCCUGGUAGAAGAAAGAAUAUUCCAGACCGUGCGUCUUUUCGAGCGCCGAGACCAUGUCAGUGGAAUUUGGCAUUAUGACCCGGUCCCUGAUAUUUUCCCUACUGCAACGAAGGCUGGUUCAAACCCGAGAAACUUUCCAUCAAAACUUCCACACCUUGCGCCUCCUGCUUUAGAGGAUCUCACCUCACGAACAGCCAUAUAUGACACUCUCGAUAGCAAUGUCGGUGCGAAGGCAAUGUCCUUUUCUCAUACCCCGUUACCGCUUGUGAAUUCAGCCCAGUCCACGAGAUAUCUCGGGCAUUCCAACCCUACGAGGCCUUUUCGUGUUGUUGCAAAGUAUCUUGAGGAACUUUUCAAAGAUUAUCUCCAUCUAGCCUCCUUCAAUACAACUGUUAUGAAGGUGGAGAAGAAGUCUGAAAAAUGGGUUCUGACACUACGACAGUCUGGACAUGUGGUCAAUGGGGAAUUGAAGGACUAUUGGUGGGAAGAACAAUUCGAUGCAGAAUUUCGCAAUCCUGAUGACUACGUUGAUAAGAAAGAGGUGGUGGUUGGGGAGAAUGUCUCUUCGGCUGAUCUCGUUGCCGACCUUCAUGCCGUUGUUAAAGCGACCCUAGAGCUCUCUCAACGAGGCCACAACGAGGCCCUAGAUUCGGCUUGGAAUUUACCAAAUGUCAAGGUGCGACCAACCGUGAGCGAGAUCAAAACAUCGGCACGGGGAAUCAAUGUGUAUUACUCAGACGGGUCGGUAACCGAGGACGAGGACAAAGUCCUCUUCGCUACGGGCUACAAGCUGUCCUAUCCGUUCAUUACACCAGACCCGGUUACUCCGAAUCACCGAGUGGCUGGAUUUUACCAACAUAUUUGGAAAAUGGGAUCCGUCGCUGGAAUUGGUUGGACAAUUUAUGAGUAUCAGGCUGUUGCUGUUGCUCGAUACUUCGCUGGCAGAAAUAAGGCGUCGCUACCUUCUCCCAUAGAGCAAGAUCAAUGGGAAGUCAACAGACUGCAGUACAAAGGAAAUUCGCCGAUUUUCCACGAAAUCAAACCCGACUUCAAGGAAUACUUUGAUUUCUUGACGAAAUUGGCCGGUCCGCCUGCAGCGGAAUAA